ACUUGACAAGUGACAACGCGUAUAACCUCUCGCGAAAAGCGAAAAAUAUCAAAACAAACGCGUAAAAAUAAGUAAUAACAAUGUGGUUCUUCUAUUUAGUUAGUAUUUUAUCAAUGAUAGUGCAAGCUAUAUUCGUUACACUUGCAAUAGCGGCCGGACUUUACUACUUGGCGGAAGUAGUGGAAGAGUACACUGUUAUGGCGAAAUAUGUGAUUACUUGGACAGUUAUAUUAACAACAGCAGUACACAUAGGACUAAUAAUCUUUGAGGAUCUACCAACAUACCUGAACAUCCUCGGGUUGCUGCAACAGAUGCUGCACGGGGUGCUCAUGAAAGACUUCCCCGUCGUACGUGUCACCAGUCCCGCGUUCAUUGCGGCGUUCAUCAACCUGAUCACACACCACUAUUUAGCGUUCAAGUUCUUCGGACGUGUGUAUUAUAGCUUUUCUGAGGUACUGGCAUACUUCACGAUCUGCCUGUGGGUGGUGCCGUUCGCUCUGUUUGUAUCACUAUCGGCCAAUGAUUAUGUGCUGCCCACUACUGGUGAGAAGCAACCAUUACUAGGAGACAACAACGUGGUCACAGAUUACCUCUCCCGCAAGUCGAAGCGGUACAGCCUUCUCUCCUUCUUCAGCUUCGCGAAGGACUCCAUACUGCCCCAAAGGAACAAAAAGGCAUUUUGAAAGACAAACUUACGAUAUAUCGACAUCUCCAAAGCGUUUAUCUUCGCGAACCUAACCCGAGGUGCACUCUGGAUACUCCAUACGAAAAUCAUUCUCAGUGUGCUGUCUUACCGUAAGUGUGAGUGAGACAGAACGUCCACGCGCUACCCUCUCUAUCUAGCUCUGAAUUGGACUUCGCUCGCGACGUGAAGACUAGUGUUGCCGAAAAAUCGAUAGUUUUACUAUCGGUAAUAAACAGCCAAAAUCAUCUACCCAACCGAUAGGCCUAUCGAUAGUAUCGAUAGCUCUUUUUUGGCGAUACUAUUGAUAAGCAACGAUAGUAUUGAUACUAUCGAUAGUGUCGAUAGUUGAAAAACAAAAACUAUCAAUACUAUCGAUAGUUUUGUACGAUCGAUAGGGACCAUACUAUCGAUAGUAUCGUUACUUAUCAAUAGUAUCACUAACAAAAUAGCAAUCGAUACUAUCGGUUAAUUAUCGAUAUUAUCGUUUUUUGGUAAACUAUCGAUAGUUCGAUCGAAAACUAUCGAUAGGGCACUAUCGAGCGGUAACACUAGUGAAGACAAGCAGACGACGAAUCGGUGCGGGCGGGGAGUUUCCACUCUAUAUGUUGUAAUAUUCUAAAUAUUCUUUGGCAUAUGCCUGAUGACUAAUUGUUUUACUCGCUGUGACUCGCUCCCAAAAACAUUGAUUACACGAGUUAAUUCUACUCCUGCCUAUCUGAUCUAUCGCGCAAAUAACAUCUAUCAAGAUAUAAAUUGAGUUGCGCGGUAAGCGGCCUUACUGCAAUCUCUUCCAAGCAACCUUGGGUCGCGAACAGCGAAGUACCUAAUGUUAUGUUUCAGCAUUAUGAAAUUGUGUACCGGUCUUAAAGAUCUUCGCUAGAUAUUCCCGUAUACAUAGACAUAAGUUGUCUAGUCAAUAAAAGACAAUUUUCGAUAAGAAAUGGAAAAAAAAUCACCGCCAUUUUGCGGCUAAAAUAAGAACUAUCGUUUCCGACAUUACACACGAGUAAUUACGAAGUUUUUCAUAUUUCUCAGCUUAUACAUAUUCCGAGAAGUUUUUUUUUUCUGUACAAUAAUUAAUAAUUACCUACAAAAUACUAUUAUCGAUUCUGGCAGACACGAAACUUAUUUUAUAUUUGCAGUUUCAAUAUUAGCUCCCUUUCCUGUAGGUAUUGCAAGUAACCGUCCUUUUUUCUAUUUAAUUUUCUCUUAAACAUUAAAUUAAUUUCAUGUCUGCCCGAGUCGGUACGACUGUCAUCUCAGUAGUAUCCCGUUUAAGCCUAUAGGUAGAUUUUUGUAAAUACUUCUAGGUAGUUUUUGGAGUAGGCGAAGUUAGCAAUCAUUAUAAUAUAAAUUGCUAGAAAUUAGACGAAUAAUUGUACAUAAUGUUUGAGUCUUAAUUUAUUUUGUACGUGUUGUGAUAAAUAAAAGAAUAAGUUGGUUAA